CGCCAGUCGCUCCACUCGAUCCCAUCCAUCAUUUAAACCAACCACCACCCUCUUCGCGUUGUUAGAGCGAUUCCCCGAAGAGCGCCAGGAACUCGCAACAAUGCUUAUCCCUAAGGACGACCGCAAGAAGAUCCACGAGUACCUCUUCCGCGAGGGUGUGCUCGUGGCCAAGAAGGACUUCGAGUCCAAGCAUGCCGACAUUGACACCAAGAACCUCUACGUGAUCAAGGCCCUCCAGUCCCUCAACUCCCGCGGCUAUGUCAAGACCCAGUUCUCCUGGCAGUACUACUACUACACCCUCACCCCCGAGGGUCUUGACUACCUCCGUGAGUGGCUCCACCUCCCCGCUGAGGUUGUCCCUGCCACCCACAUCAAGCAGCAGCGUUCCCACGCCCCCCCUCGCGGUAUGAUGGGUGGUGAGGAGCGUGAGCGCCGUCCCCGUCCUACCCGUGAGGGUGGCUACCGCCGCCGCGACCAGGAGAAGGAGGGUGGUGCUCCCGGCGAGUUCGCCCCUAACUUCCGUGGUGGAUUCGGCCGUGGCCGUGGUGCUCCCUCUUCUUAAGGGAUGUCUUCCGGUCCUCCUAGGGUUUGGAUGGUAGCGUGAGUGGCUUGAGUAGACUUUGGAAUAAGUGCGAAAAGGCUGCUGCGCCCAUCCUGAAAAAAAAAAAAUUAUGCAUUGGUGCUGUAUCGAUGUAACGGCAUAGCUAGAAUCAAUGUCAUGAUUUUAAUGAGUCAA